UCUCUCCUUGUGUGUGUGUGUGUGUGCUAUUACCUGUGUACACCUGUUUUUGUGGAUAAGUGAACCUUCACCUGGAUCUUUGGUCAUUUUGUGGUUUUUAAAUGGUGUGUGUGCGUGUGUGUGUGUGUGUGUGUGUGUGUGUGUGUGUGUUUGUGUGUGUGUGUUUACAUGCUGCACGCUCUGGUUUCACACUCAUCUGAUGAACGUCUGCGUUGGAUGUUUAUGGGAUCAUUGUAUUUUUGUGUGUGUGUGUUUCGGUGUGGUGUGUUUGCGUGUGUGUGAAUGCACGUUUGCACGUACAUUUGUGCAUUCCCUUGUGUGUGUGUGUGUGUGUGUGUGUGUUUAUAAAGGACAGGUCUGAGGCUGAAGGGGGGAUGACAUGCAUGUGUCCGGCCUGCUAACAUCGCUGACAGCUCGCACACUAACCGACUGCCCGUCCUCACGACAUGACGGACGUCCUGUACACAGGUCCGAUCCCGGCCGAGCGAGGGGGCGAUCCUGCCAUGGGGGGGGGUCGCAGCGAGACCUCGGCACUGAGUGGGACGGGAGGGGGGCGGGGCACGACCACUACCCACAAUUCCCAGCGACCCAACGCCUGCUGCUUCUGCUGGUGCUGCUGUUGCAGCUGCUCAUGGAAUGAAGAGGAGAGACGGAGGCGGAGGAGGAGGAAGAGAAUAUCCCAGGACACCAAGAUGGAAACCAUCCCAAACUGUGAAGCUUGCACCAAACCCUCGGCGGAGGAGAUCAGUCUGUGGUCUCAGUCCUUCGACAAGCUGAUGAGGAACCCGGCGGGUCGGAAUGUGUUCCGUGAGUUCCUGCGGACGGAGUACAGCGAGGAGAACAUGCUGUUCUGGCUCGCCUGCGAAGACCUCAAACAGGAAAUCAACAAGGGUGCCGUCGAGGAGAAAGCACGCUCCAUCUACGAGGACUACAUUUCCAUAUUGUCGCCAAAAGAGGUGAGUCUGGACGCCCGGGUCCGAGAGGUGAUCAACAGGAAGAUGCAGGACCCGACGCCUCAAGCCUUCGAAGACGCCCAGCUCCAGAUCUACACGCUGAUGCACAGGGACUCCUACCCACGAUUCCUCUCCUCCAGCAUCUACAAGACACUGGUCCACGGCGGCUCGCGGACCUCCUCUGAAUCCUAGUCCCACACCUCCUCCUCCUCCUCCUCUCCUCCUCCUCCUCCUCCUCUCAUCCUCUCAUCCUGAUGCCAGACCAUUUCAUCCGUUCUCCAGCUCCGUCUCCUCUCAGUACUAAACUUUCCAAGAAUGAUCAGACGGCUCCUCAGUUCACUUCUCUGAAUCCCAAAUAUCUCUAAUUACUGCCAAGACUUCUUCUCCAUCUCCUCAACCUUCACCUCCUCUCAUCUCUCCUCUCCAGUUUACUCCUCUCCUCUUUAUUCCUUCCAUCAUCUACUCUUCAUCAUCAUAGUAUACAAAAACAGGUUAAAUUCAAUCAGACAACAAAGAUCAGUUGAACAAUAUCUUAUAAAUAUGUAAAAUCACCAUCCGAGGACGUGAAAUUAAUUAAUUACAUUUUAAUCAACUAUUUCUAAUUAUUUAUUUAUUUUAGUUAAUUCAACUGAUAUUUGACUCAAAUUGUAUUUAUAUUGUUUUUUAAUAUAGACUGCUAACAAAAUAAACUUUUUUGAUCAGUGGAGGAAGGAGGUUGCACGCGCUGUUUCCAAAGAAUAGUAGUCCGGUCCGGUCCGGUCUGGUCCGGUGCUCACAGAACAGGAGAGACUUCAGUUCUAAACCCACUGCAGCAUUCAGAUCAGGAGUCUCUGGGAGUCCCCAGCCUGCUCUGAAUGAGCUCCUGAUUAGAGGAGGAGGUUAUUUAAGAGGACGGGAGUCUCAGAUCUGUUUGACUCUGAUGAACGACGAGCACAUGGCGUCAAAAUGUUCCUGAUCAGUUUGACAAGAAAAAGAAAUCUUAACCUCAAAGGUCCACUUACCGUCUUUUUAUCUGGAGAUUUCAUCCACAUCUCACAGUCUUCCUCAGUGGACGGACAGUUUGAACAGCUUGAAUGUUCUGAGCUAAACGUCCACCUGCUGAGGAAGACUGUUCACAAACAGCUAAGAUACUGACAGGUACUGGUUCUGAUUAGGAGAUUUAACACUUAAGGGACUUAAGGGUAUUUAAGGGAAGCACAUUCCAGAUUUCAAAAUCAAGGAGGACCAAAUCCUUGUCAACAUGUCCCUUGUUUAAGCGGCCCAGAGGGAGACGUGUUGGAUAGAAACACCC